UUUGAAACGCGUCCGGCUUCACCGCUGUAGUUUAUAUGUGUCACAAUCCUGCGGAAAGCUACACAAACUCACUCACUGCACGUAUCAAUUAAAGCAAGUAUCCAACUGUUAUUAAACCACAUUCAUCAAGUAUUGCUACUCUUAUCAGCUGCAUGAAUAGCUUCGACAGUCACCGCUUUAAAGCGCUUUCAGCUGAAUAAUCCUUGUUCGCUGUGAUAUACUUCACUAAAGUCAAUGCAUGAAAACACAAGAGCCUCAGUUCCUCCCUGACGUGUGUGUGCAGUUGUCUGUUGUUCCUGUUAUCACUGUGUGACACAUGUGUGUUCCUAUGGGCGUAUGCUGAUAUUGUCAUUCAGCAGAAACGUCUUCAGUCAUUAUUAAAGCACAUUUCAGUGUUUUAGAGGCCUGCAAACAUGAAAGUGCUGCUUCUGAAAGAGCCACGAGAGAGUGAGAGCGAAGCAGACCCUUACAUCCAGGAGUUGGCUUCAUGUGGACACACAGCUUCUUUGAUUCCGGUUCUGUCCUUUAAAUUCGUGUCUCUAGAUCAUCUUUCUGAGCGGCUCUUUGAGCCCGAGAGGUUUGGAGGUCUGAUCUUCACCAGUCCCCGAGCCGUGGAGGCCGUGAAGAGCUGUUUAGACUCACAGAAACACACACACAAAUGGGACGCAGUGAAAGACAAAUGGAAUGAAAAGUCAGUUUAUGUGGUUGGAAAAGCCACAGCAUCUUUAGUUGUAGAGUUGGGUCUGAGUCCUCUGGGAGAAGAGACUGGGACCGCAGAUGCUCUCGCUCGCCUCAUCCUCCAGAGAGAAAAUCAAGAGAUAAAGCCACUUUUCUUUCCCUGCGGCUCCAUCAAACGUGAAGUUCUGGCCACCGCGCUCCGAGACAACCAUGUUCCUCUGGAGACUCUGACCGUCUAUCAGACGUCUGAACAUCCGGAUCUACAGAACAACAUCACACACUACUUCACUCAGCAGGGCGUCCCAGCGAGCGUGGCGUUCUUCAGUCCGUCCGGAGUGUCGUUCUGUCUGGAUUUGGUGAAGAGACUCUCAGGAUCUCAGCUGGAGCAGAUAAAGUUUGCGUCGAUCGGCCGGACCACAGCAGACGCGCUGAAGUCACACGGACUGACGGUCAGCUGCUGCGCGGAGAAACCCACAGCAAAACACCUGGCCGCCGCCAUCACACACGCCCUGACCUCUGACCUCUGACCACCAGAGUCCCGCUUCUGCAGUAGAUAUUAGAAGUGAUUGCAUUAAUAUCUCUCUAUCUGUAUGUGUUUUGCAGCUGUAUGUUUGAAUGCAUCUGUGUCUGGGUUUCAUGUCGAAUCUUUGAGAUCAUCAGAGGCUCGAACAGCUUUUGUGCUUUAAUAACUAAAGGAUUUUUAUUUGCAUCAUUUGCAAACACACAGAGACAGAAGUAUUUGUUUUUGUGAUGUUAUAAUAAUUAUAUACACAAAUAUGAGAUUGUAGGCUUUUGCACUACUAAUAUUGUUGUUGUAAUUUUUCAGUUUAUGAAUGGAAAUGGAGAUUAAACAUUAAUAUCCAGUAAUUACCAACCACUGGGAAAGUCACUGAAACAAAGUCACUGGACAAUUUAAUUAUUUGAGCCAAACAUCUAAAUAUUUAUUUGUAUUCAUCACCAAUAACUAAAACUAAGACAAAAAUAAAUAAAAAUAUAUAUUUUCAAAAACGCAAUAAAAUGAAAAACUUCAAUUAAACUUAAUUAUUUUUAUAUUAAACAUAUACACGUUUAUUUAAUCAUAUACUUCUGUUAUUUUUUAUUAUAAUUAAUUAUAGUAACACAAUACCUAGUUCAAUACUUUCUUUACAUUUUCAGAAUUAAAUAAAAAUUGUUACUUGUUUUUCCAAAUAUAGCCAUGUCACACUAUAUUUUAAAUAUCUUUUAAUGUACACAUAUUUGUAUAUAUUUUAGUAUUUUUGCUCUGUUUUGCAUUAAAAUAUAUGAGAAUUCUGUAGCAAACUGACAAGAAUUGUUAAAAAAAAAAAAAAGCCAAAAUGAAAUGAGUUCAUGCUUUAAAGAAGAGAAAACAUCUGUAAUUUGGGGGAGAAACAUCUCCUUAAUUCAAAGAAGAACAAGAUCAUAUUUCUGACUCAGUUGUUGGAUAUAUUUGUGUUCUUUCAAGCAUGAACUCAAUUAAUAUUGAUCAUUUAUUUCAGAAAACCAGACCUAAUAUCUUCAGUCUUUCUGCUUCUCAACUUCGUGAAUCUUGAUUUAAGAACUUUGAGAUAUUUUAGAUGGAAGUCUGAGUAAGAAAAUCUUUGUUUGUUUGUUUUUGCAGUGUAAAUGUUCCCAAAGGGAGGCUUUGUCAUAUUUAGUUUACUUCUCGAGACUGUAGUGUGUGUGUGUGUGUGUGUGUGUGAUGAUGUGAGGAAUACUCUACGUCUCAUAUUACCUUUUCAUUAAAGAUAUGACUGUGAAAUAACUGUUACAA